AUGUACACAUUAGUGCAUGGAUUUUAUAAAUACCUAGUUCAAAAAGACGAAUACUGUGUACUUAUAUUAGGACUUGACAAUGCUGGCAAAACGACGUAUCUGGAGGCUACUAAAACAAAAUUUACGAAAAAGUAUAAAGCUAUGAACCCUAAUAGAAUAACAACCACAGUUGGUUUAAAUAUAGGCAAAAUAGACGUAGAUGGUGUAAGGCUAAAUUUUUGGGACCUCGGUGGACAGCAAGAACUACAAUCAUUGUGGGACAAGUAUUAUGCUGAAUGUCAUGCUGUCAUUUACAUAGUAGACUCAUCGGACAGAGAAAGAAUAUCGGAGUCGAAAGAAACCUUUGACAGAAUGAUAGCGUCAGAGCAUCUGUCCGGGGUUCCACUCUUGGUGCUAGCCAAUAAACAAGACAUUCCAGACUGCAUGGGCGUCCACACUGUGAAACCUAUAUUUAAUCAGAAUGCACACCUUAUUGGUGCGAGGGAUAUCAUGCUUAUGGCUAUUUCUGCUCUAACUGGGGAUGGAGUAGAUGAAGGUAUCAGAUGGCUGGUGGACUGCAUAAAGAGAAACAGCGUCGACCGACCACCACGCAAUCACGAAGACAACUUAUAA